UGGGCAUUAACUCAUUUCAGAAGUCGAAAAAUUAAAUAGAGGAGUUGUUUUUUUUCUGUAUUUUGUGAUUUGACUGUGGAAUGCCUCACCCUCCCAUCUUAGGGCGGGAAGUUGAAAAAUUCACCAUUAUAUUUUUUCUUUGGAAAUUAGGGUUUCUAAAUUCAUUUAAGCUUCUUCAAUUUCAAAAUUCUUCUUCUUCCCCGACUUUGAGAAUCACAGCAAAAACAAGUGCAAAAAUUUGUAAAAAAUACUGAAAAAUGACACUUCGGAAGGGCUCCAAAGUGUGGGUGGAAGACAAAGAUUCGGCAUGGGUUGCAGCAGAGGUGGUUGAUUUUUUGGGUAAACAAGUUCAACUCCUCACUGUCUCCGGCAAGAAGGUGUUGGCGGUGGCGGAGAAAUUGUUACCACGUGAUGCUGAGUCGGACUUGGGAGGCGUGGAUGACAUGACCAAAUUGACUUAUUUGAAUGAGCCUGGUGUUCUUGAUAAUCUUCAGAGAAGAUAUGCUCUCAACGAAAUAUAUACAUACACAGGAAGUAUUUUGAUUGCUGUUAACCCAUUUACAAAGCUUCCUCAUCUAUAUAAUAUGCACAUGAUGGAGCAGUAUAAGGGGGCUCCAUUUGGUGAAUUGAGCCCCCAUGUCUUCGCUGUGGCUGAUGCAUCUUACAGAGCAAUGAUGAGUGAGGGUUGUAGUCAGUCUAUUCUGGUUAGUGGAGAAAGUGGCGCUGGAAAAACUGAGACAACAAAAUUGAUAAUGCAGUAUCUAACUUAUGUUGGUGGUCGUGCUGCCGGUGAUGAUAGAACAGUUGAACAGCAAGUUCUGGAGUCAAACCCACUUUUGGAGGCAUUUGGCAAUGCAAGAACUGUUAGGAAUGAUAAUUCAAGUCGCUUUGGCAAGUUUGUUGAGAUCCAGUUUGAUUCAAAUGGAAGAAUUUCAGGCGCUGCAAUCAGAACAUACCUUCUGGAGCGUUCGCGCGUUGUACAAAUAACUGACCCCGAGAGAAAUUACCACUGUUUCUAUCAGUUGUGUGCAUCUGGCACGGAUGCAGAAACGUACAAGCUAGGUCAUCCUAGCAACUUCCAUUACUUGAAUCAGAGCAAGACUUAUGAGUUAGAUGGAGUAAGUAAUGCCGAAGAAUAUGUGAAGACAAGAAGGGCAAUGGAUAUUGUUGGGAUUAGUGAUAAUGAACAGGAAGCCAUAUUUCGAACCUUGGCUGGUAUCUUACAUCUUGGAAAUGUAGAAUUUUCUCCGGGUAGAGAGCAUGAUUCAUCAGUUAUCAAGGAUCAGAAGGCUAAUUUUCAUUUGCAGAUGGCUGCCAAUCUUUUCAGGUGUGAUGUUAAUCUUUUGCUAGCCACACUUACAACGCGGUCUAUCCAAACUUAUGAAGGGAUAAUUGUCAAAGCGCUGGAUUGUAAUGCAGCUGUAGCCGGUCGGGAUGCUUUAGCCAAGACAGUUUAUGCUAGGCUGUUUGACUGGCUUGUAGAAAAGAUUAACCGAUCUGUUGGACAAGAUCGUGAUUCUAAGAUACAAAUUGGAGUGCUCGACAUUUAUGGAUUUGAAUGCUUUAAGUUGAAUAGUUUUGAGCAAUUUUGCAUCAAUUUCGCAAAUGAGAAGCUCCAGCAACAUUUUAAUGAGCAUGUGUUUAAGAUGGAGCAGGAGGAAUAUCAAAGAGAAGAAAUCAAUUGGAGCUAUAUUGAAUUUAUUGACAACCAAGAUGUUUUAGACUUGAUUGAGAAGAAACCCAUUGGAAUAAUUGCUCUUUUGGAUGAAGCUUGCAUGUUUCCGAAAUCAACACACGAAACUUUUUCAAACAAGCUAUUUCAGAAUUUCCGAGCUCACCCACGAUUGGAGAAAGCAAAAUUUUCUGAAACAGAUUUUACGAUUUCUCACUAUGCUGGCAAGGUGAACUAUCAGACAGAGACAUUUUUAGACAAAAAUCGAGAUUAUGUUGUGGUUGAACAUUGCAAUUUAUUAGCGUCUUCCAGAUGCCCUUUUAUCUCUGGCCUCUUUCCACCUCUACCAGAAGAAUCAUCUCGAUCAUCAUACAAGUUUUCAUCAGUGGCCUCUCGGUUUAAGCAACAACUUCAAGCUCUUAUGGAAACCCUCAGCUCAACAGAGCCUCACUACAUUCGAUGUGUCAAGCCAAACUCACUAAAUAGGCCACAGAGGUUCGAGAAUCAGAGCAUCCUGCAUCAGUUGCGUUGUGGGGGUGUUUUGGAGGCUGUUCGCAUAAGUUUGGCAGGCUACCCUACUCGGAAGACUUACCAUGAGUUUGUUAAUCGAUUUGGGAUAAUUGCCUUGGAUAUUAUGUAUGGAAGUUAUGAUGAUAAAACCAUGACUGAGAAAAUAUUGCAGAGAUUAAAGCUCGGGAACUUUCAGCUAGGAAAGACCAAAGUUUUCCUUAGGGCUGGUCAGAUUGCUAUAUUAGACUCACGUCGAGCUGAAGUUCUGGAUUCUGCAGCCAAGCGCAUUCAGGGUCGUCUCCGGACAUAUCUGGCCCGCAGGGCCUAUGUUAUGAUGCGUGUUGCUGCAAUUUCUCUGCAAGCAUGUUGUAGAGGCUAUCUUGCUCGGAAUAAAUUCGCGGAGAUGCGUGAGACCGCUGCAGCCAUUGUAAUUCAGAAAUAUCUUCGAGGUUGGUUUUUCAGGCAUGCAUAUAUGCAACUCCGAUUGGCCUCUGUACUCGUACAAUCUAGCAUCCGUGGUUUCUCUACACGCCGGAAGUUUUUAUAUAGAAAGGAAGACAGAGCUGCCACUCUCAUUCAGGCUCGUUGGAGGAUGUUCAAGAUCCGCUCUAUCUAUCGUAAUCGUCAAUCUAAGAUUAUUGCAAUACAAUGUCUCUGGAGGCAGAAGUUGGCGAAAAGAGAGCUUAGGAGACUUAAGAAGGAGGCUAAUGAGGCUGGUGCCUUGCGUCUAGCAAAAAGCAAGCUUGAAAAGCAGUUGGAGGAUCUUACAUGGCGAUUACAUCUAGAGAAAAAAAUACGGGUUUCUAAUGAAGAGGCCAAAUUAGUUGAAAUAUCAAAGCUUCAAAAGACUGUGGAGUCUCUGACAUUGGAGCUAGAGGCAGCCAAACUUGCAACUCUGAAUGAGUUCAAUAAGAACAUGGUGCUAGAAAGACAGCUUGAAUUAUCAGCAAAGGAAAAAUCUGCAUUGGAAAGAGAUGUUGUUUCUUUGACUGAACUGAGGAAUGAAAAUGCACUUUUGAAGAGUUCCCUUAAUGCACUAGCAGAGAAAAAUUCCAUGCUGGAGAGUGAACUUGCACAAACUAAAGAAGACGCAAGUAGUACUAUUGCGAAAUUGCAGCAAGUCGAGAAAUCUUGUUUGCAACUACAAAUGAGUUUGCGGAGUAUGGAAGAGAAACUGUCAAAUCUAGAGGCUGAAAAUCAUAUCCUGCGGCAGAAAACAUUGAAUGUUUCUCCUAGGAGCAAUAGAGCUGGAUUUGUUAAACCUCUCCUUGAUAAGUUCUCUGGUGCACUUGUUCUUUCUUCUGCUGACCAGAAAUCUUAUGAAUCACCUACUCCAUCCAAAUUCAUUGCUCCGCUAUCACAAGGCUUUUCUGAUUCCCGCAGAACAAAGUCGGGGAUUGAAAGGCAUCAGGGAAACCUAGAAAUACUUUCACGCUGCAUUAAAGAAAAUUUGGGCUUCAAAGAUGGCAAACCAAUAGCUGCUUGUGUCAUCUACAAAUGCCUUCUUCACUGGCAUGCGUUUGAAUCCGAGAGAACUGCUAUGUUUGACUUCAUAAUUGAAAGCAUAAACGAUGUAUUGAAGGAGGGAGAUGAGGAUGCUACUCUGCCUUACUGGUUAUCUAAUGCAUCUGCACUUUUGUGUCUUCUCCAAAGAAAUCUGCGGUCCAAUGGGUUCGUAACUGCUGGUUCUCAGCGUUCUGCAGGUUCUACAGGGUUGAAUGGCAGGCUUGUGCAAGGACCAAAGUCGUCUUUCAAAUAUCUUGGUCUGGAGGAUGGUUUGUCCCAUAUGGAAGCUAAAUAUCCGGCUCUGUUGUUCAAACAACAAUUGACGGCUUGUGUAGAGAAGAUAUUUGGUUUGAUCCGGGAUAAUUUGAAGAAAGAAAUUUCUCCACUAUUGGGACAAUGCAUUCAGGCACCAAGAAACCAACGAGUUCAUGGUGGGAAGUCAUCUAGAUCACCUGGUGGUGUUUCUCAACAAUCACCAAGUUCUGAGUGGGAUAGCAUCCUCAAAUUCUUGGAUUCGCUAAUGAGUCGAUUACGGGGAAAUCAUGUUCCUUCAUUUUUCAUUCGGAAGCUCACUACGCAGGUUUUCGCCUUCAUCAAUAUACAAUUAUUUAACAGUCUUCUGCUUCGACGUGAAUGCUGCUCAUUUUCAAAUGGUGAAUACGUCAAAUCUGGUCUGGCUGAAUUGGAAAAAUGGAUAGUCAAUGCAACUGAAGAGUUUGCAGGAACCUCUUGGCAUGAGCUAAAUUACAUUAGACAGGCUGUUGGAUUUUUGGUAAUACAUCAAAAGAGGAAAAAAUCUUUAGAAGAGAUAAGACAAGAUCUCUGUCCGAAAUUGACUGUAAGGCAAAUCUACCGGAUAAGCACAAUGUAUUGGGAUGAUAAGUAUGGGACCCAGAGUGUGUCAAAUGAGGUUGUGUCUCAGAUGAGGGAGAUUGUAAAUAAGGAUUCCCAGAAUUUAUCCUCAUCAAAUUCAUUCUUAUUGGAUGAUGACCUUAGCAUUCCAUUCUCCACUGAAGAUGUAUAUAUGGCAAUUCCUGCGCUCAAUCCUUCAGAUGUAGAGCUUCCGCAAUUCUUUUCUGAAUACCCUUCUGCACAGUUACUGCUGCAGGAUCAGAAGUGAAUGAGCCAUAGCUUGAAUCAGAGUGGAGCUGGGUUUUGCUAACCUGUUGUGUGGAGCUGAUCGAUCUUGUGUUGAAGAUGGAAAGCCAUAAAGUUGGUCCGCAACUGCUUUUGCCAUUUUCAUUUUGGUCAGCUGAAUGAAGAAAUGCAAGGAGAACGAGGCCAUCUGCAAGUUGAAAUUGGUAAUGAAAGAUGGUGAAAAGGUAGGCGUUUAUUAUUGCCAUUAGCUGUGAUAUAGAUGACACGAAGGUUAGGAUGUGGCAAUAUGGUUGUACAAAGGAUUAGGUAGCAAAAUUUACUCAAAAGGCUAUAGUAGUUUUGGCGAAGCUUGGCCCUUGAGUGAUGUUCAUUAUUCGUGUCUUGUUAAUCCAAUAUGUUUGUAUCCUCAUCAUUGAUUUGUAGCAGUAACACUUUGCUCACUUCACCGUCCUACUGGAUAUAGUUUCAUGCUGGCAUUGAAAGGAGUGCCUGCAACUUGAACUUGGCCACUGCUUACCACUCUUGAGGUUUUGUAUAAAAGAUAUAUAUUUGGGCAAGCCAACAACUGGAAA